UGUCGACGCUCGUGACGUCAUUAGACAGGAGGCGGAGCCUGAGUCCUCCUUUUCAACCUUGUCCCGGCUCCGGCCUUUCAGGCGCCUUCGGCUUUGCCGGUCUAAGUCAGACGCUGCCAGUGCUCCGGGCCCAGUCACGGCCUCCGCCUCCUUCCCGGUUACACACACCGAACUCGUGCCGCCCUCAACAUGUCUCUCAUCACCGCCGGACGCCUGUGCGCUCGUAUCCUCGGGGCCAAGAACUCCCCUUGUGUUCUGAUUGCUGCUCGCCAUGCCAGCUCUUCCACGAACCUAAAAGAUGUCCUGUCAGAACUUAUUCCUAAAGAACAAACAAGAAUCAAGAACUUUAAACAGCAAUAUGGGAAGACUGUUAUUGGCCAGAUCACUGUUGACAUGGUAUAUGGAGGCAUGAGAGGCAUGAAAGGAUUAGUCUAUGAAACAUCUGUGCUUGAUCCUGAUGAGGGCAUCCGCUUCCGUGGUUACAGCAUCCCUGAAUGCCAGAAGCUGCUGCCUAAGGCACCAGGAGGUGAGGAGCCACUACCAGAGGGACUUUUCUGGCUCUUAGUCACAGGGGAGGUGCCCACACAAGAACAGGUUAAUUGGCUUUCUAAAGAAUGGGCCAAGCGGGCUGCUCUACCUUCCCACGUGGUAACUAUGCUGGACAACUUUCCCACCAAUCUACAUCCCAUGUCUCAAUUAAGUGCAGCAAUCACCGCCCUAAACAGCGAGAGCAACUUUGCUCGGGCUUAUGCUGAAGGCGUUAACAAGGCCAAAUACUGGGAGUUGGUCUAUGAAGACUCAAUGGACUUGAUUGCAAAACUUCCAUGCAUUGCAGCAAAGAUCUACCGUAACCUUUACCGUGAGGGAAGCAGCAUUGGAGCCAUUGAUUCCAACCUUGACUGGUCCUACAAUUUCACCAAUAUGCUGGGAUACACAGAUCCCGAGUUCACAGAGCUCAUGAGACUCUAUCUCACCAUCCACAGUGACCAUGAAGGAGGAAAUGUAAGUGCACAUACCAGUCAUUUGGUUGGCAGUGCCUUGUCUGAUCCUUACCUCUCUUUUUCUGCUGCGAUGAAUGGACUUGCUGGUCCUCUCCAUGGAUUGGCCAAUCAGGAAGUACUAGUUUGGUUAACAAGCCUACAGAAGGAUUUGGGCGGAGAGGUAUCAGAUGAGCAACUCAGAGACUACAUCUGGAAUACACUGAAUUCUGGCAGGGUGGUUCCUGGUUACGGUCAUGCUGUCCUCAGGAAGACAGACCCACGCUACACUUGUCAGAGGGAGUUUGCCCUUAAGCAUCUUCCCAAUGAUCCUAUGUUCAAGCUCGUGGCUCAGCUCUACAAGAUUGUACCAAAUGUGUUAUUGGAGCAAGGAAAAGCCAAGAACCCCUGGCCCAAUGUAGAUGCUCACAGUGGUGUCCUCCUACAGUAUUAUGGCAUGAAGGAGAUGAAUUACUACACAGUCCUCUUUGGUGUGUCAAGAGCGUUGGGCGUCCUAUCUCAGCUCAUCUGGAGCCGUGCACUUGGGUUCCCUCUGGAGAGGCCUAAAUCCAUGAGCACAGAUGGCCUCAUGCAGAUAGUCUCAACAAAAUCUGGUUAAUAAGAAUGGAAAACCGAAGGCUUCACUCGUUCUGGGUGAAGAGCCAAGUAAAAGACAGUUCACCUUUCGUUUCAACAGACUGCUUUGCACCCCAUGUCUUCUCAGCGCUGACAAGAAAAAUUCUUCUGGUUAUUUAUGCUGAAACGCGUUAUCUUCACAACAUAUUCUGUUCAUCUUCCCUCCCUGCUGGAGACGGUCAGCUCUCCGCCAGGAAAGGGUUCAUGUGCUGCCGGUAGGGAUCAGACUUGUGAUUGGUGAUUCAGUGGUUACUUGUACCCUCCAUUUUACUUAUUUAUAAACCAGCUGUGUAAAUGUAUAGCCUGCAGGACUCGAUGCACGCAAUGCGCUAGUUAAACUGUGAAAAAGCAGUGGCCUUUGCAAUUGUUCUAGCAAAGGAACAUAUCUUUACAUAAUUUUUUUGGCUAAACACUAUGUAAGUUAGUGUUGCCUUCUUUAAUUUACACCAUUCAUCCGUUAACAUCUUUAAGGCCCUUUCUUUGAAUGGGAAUUUGGGGGGAAGAAAAAAACACACAAAGCUUGACAAUGCUGCUCCGUUCAUGUGCGGUGAAUUGUGAAGCUCAUCCGUUCCAGGCAUGUCUAAUACAUAUAUUGGAAACAAAUUUGUCGUGGGCAACUCUGACUCCCUGCUGGCUGCUUUUCAAGAAUUUUUAUAUUGUUUUUAUAUCAGAGAAUGUUCCCUUCUGAGUUCACUAGAGAACCGAGAACUGUCUCGCAGACACGUUUCCUGCGAGGAUGUGCAGCUUUUAUUCCUGGUUCUGGUCCUUUUCUUAAAUAACUCUUUUAUUUUGGUUUGUUUAGUUUUUUUAUGUGUAGAUUCUUGCCUUCCCCAAAUUAUCCGUCAUGAAUGUUUAUUUUUCUUUUGUGCGUGAUAAAAGGUAAAGCCACUGUGAUGGAGGUGUUUCAGGUCUUUAGUUUUGUUUCUAGUUAAAGGGGUACUCCGCUGCUCAGCGUUUGGAACAAACUAUUCCGAAUGCUGGAGCCGGCAGCUUGUGAAGUCAUAGCCCCGCCCCCUCAAUGCAAGUCUAUGGGAGGGGGUGUCACGCCCCCUCCCAUAGACUUGGAUUGAGGGGGCGGGGUGUGACAUCAUGAGGGGGCGGGGCUAUGACAUCACUAGCUCCCGGCUCAAGCAUUCGGAUUAGUUUGUUCAAAACGCUGAGCAGCGGAGUACCCCUUUAAAAGCUGCUUUGCUUCCUUAGUAAUCCCACAGUAUCGUACUGAGAGAUAUCUAGCCAUGUCUGGAUUGUACAAGUUGCUGAAUUCUUUUCUAAGCUGCUUCUAUACCAGGUUUUUUUUAUUAUUUUCUGCUUCAGCUUGAAGCUGUUUCUUGCUAGAAUUGCUAUUACAACUAUGUUAAUAGGAAAGUAGCGAUUGGAAAUAACAGAUUCCUGAUGCAAUGUGGGAAGUCAUAUGGUAUUAUCUCGUAUUACUGCUGCUACCAUCUCUAAGAUCACACUAAUUGCUCCAAACCUGGUAAAACGCGUCUGGCAAAGCCAUCUUCCUCGGCAGCACUGGAAAUCGCCCAUAUACAUAUAGAAAGAAAGGGAAUCUGUAAGGCUGAACUAUAUAUAAUACACUCCUCCACCGCCCUCUGUGUUAUAUUCCUGCCCCCCUCUUGUCUGUGCAGGCAGAACGUACCAGCAAACGCUGUGCAAAUUACAGAUGGAUGUUCAGAUUCACAAUAGACUUAAGGUUGUUCUGUAUAAAUGCAAAAAUAAAUGUUUUUAUUAACUACA